AUGUAAGAUAUUAUUGAUAAAGAGUUAUAAUAAAUCAAGAGAUAGUAGGAAUUAAGCAAAUACAAUGACCUUUCAAAGUCACAGUAGCUAAAUCUUAGCAAAAAGGGUUUGAGCUAUUCUAAUUUAUAUUAAGCUCCUCCAUUAACAAUUUCAUCACUUUACGAAGAUUAUAGCACUGGAUAAAUCAGCAUGUUAGAAGCUUUAGAAAAGAAAGAUGAAAUUGUACAAUGGAGUAAUAUCCUAAAUUCUUCUUAAAUAUCAUCGAAACAACCCUCAAUAAUAAGAAAAAACUUAGAAGACAGUAUUCAUGAAAUGAAUGAUUAAUAUAGUAGAAAACAAAGAUAUGAAAAGGAAGUGAUGGAAAAUAUAUCAAAAGAAUCUCAGUCAAAGUAUAAGAAACUAGAAUAAAAUGAAAAAAUUUACAAAGAUUUCAAAACUGCCUUAAAACUUAACAUUAGUAAAGUAAAACAAUCAGACCUUAUUAAUGAUAUUUACAGAAUAGAUGAUUUAGAACCUUCUAAGCCUACUCCAAGGACAGAUUAAGAUUAAUUUCCUAGAGGUCAUCCAAUUUUAGUAAAAUAAGAACUCUCUAAAGCUGGAAAUUUCUUCUUUGAUCAGCCUGUAAAAGAUAAUAAAACAUUCUACUUUAGUAACUGUUUUAAGGACAAAGACUCUGUUUUAAAAUAUUUGAACGACGAAUUGAAAAUCAGAGAGCAUCGUUAAAGCUUCACAAGCUAUAAUUAAAUAAAAGGAAUAGCUCUAAAAAGGCUUGAGUAAGAAAUUGAAGUAUUAAGAGAAAUUAUUAAAGGAUUGCUGCUCAAUAAAAUUUAGUUAGAAGAUUAUAACUCUAUUUAUUACAGAUUUAAGCUAAGCCUUGAAAAACGCGAGUAGCCUAAAGAAGUAGUUAAUGAAUUUGUUUUGAUGUUUGACUUCGUCAAUAAUCUCCCCUUUACAGUGGAAAAAGUAAGAAUAAAAUAUGGCUUUUUUAGGAGAGGAUAAAAGCAUGAAGCAAACAGGACUACGAAUGAACAUAUUAUAGAAAACGAAGACGGAUAAUGCUUUAUUAGAGAAAUUGAUAAAAUUAUUUUUCCUGAUAAAAAAUUAGACCAUUUUAUCUAUUUUUAAAUUCUCAUUUUUCACCAUAAAUAAAAAUUUCCAGAGAAUGCAGGAUGGAGUGUGCACAAGAUUCAUAACAAAAGUAAGCUAGUUGAUUUUGGCUAGUUUUAAAUACCUUUUUAUGAGCAUCGACUCGAGUUGGAAAGUGUGCUUCUUGAUUACUAAAAAAAUAUAGGCCCAUUAAGAUUAUUUUUUUCUAUACUUCCAUACAAUCAUGAAUAGGAAGAAUCUCCUUAUAGGAAUUAAGAGUAUUAUAAUGUUUAAAAUUAUGGUUUACACGAAAUACAUACUGAAGAGAGAAUUCCAUAAAGAAUAAAAAAUUAAGUAAAAAAAGAGAAAGAAGAAAUACAAUAAAAUAAAUAUCAAAGAAAAAGAUAAUUUUAUGAAGAGGCUUUUAAAGAGAUGUCGUUAGAUCAAAUAGAAUCUCUAAAACCUUCAAAUACAUCAUUAUUCAAUAUAAGUUCUAAUAAAUUUUCAGAUAAUAACACUGGAAGCUUAAACUCUAAUAACUAAUUUAAUUCAUCUUUGGUGCAUUUAGAUUAAAAAGAAAUAGAUAAAUUUGUUAGAUUAUCAAAAGACUUUAACAUAGAUUCCUCUCAAAUUUUACAAUCUUUGAGUAAAUCUAACUAGAAUAUGUUCACAAUUUAAGAAGAAAAUACUCAAGAUUUCUCACAUUUAAUGUGA